UGCCCCCACCUUUGGAUUUCCUACCUUCCAACCUGCGGAAAAAUAUAUUUUGCUUUGGAUUCGCCCAUCCCAUAUGGAUUUACUGGCAUCUCUCAAAUGGCUCUGAAGAUGUACCAGCCUGUGACUAUGCAUUCCAAAUUUCGAUUUUACCUGAUCCUAGUUGCUAGUAGUGGAAUAAUUUUUCUUAUUUUGUAUAAAACAUUAUCCAGUGAAGAUCAUGAUUCUGAAUCCCAUUCUAAAUAUGUCCAUACUAGCUCUCAGAUGUCUCAUAGUAAAUUACCUGGAAGAGGUGGAUCAUUUGUAAACAUAAAUGACUUACUGCCUGUUACUCAGUCUUUGAAGCAUUUGGAAAGACAAAGAUUAAAAGAAGCUCAGGUCCAUGCAAACAUUAAUCGAAAUGCUAUUGGAAAAUUUGGUCCACUUAAGAAUAUUGUCGAUGACAUUGGUAGAGAUGAAAUAGAGAUUGAUCAUCCUGUUCAGUCUGUAAACGAACGUGUAAGUAAAGGACUUAAGACACCUAGGCCAGAAGAAUCUAUACACAUAGAAAAAAAGUUUGUUCAUUUGGAUCUUAAAGGUGCACCUCCUAUUGUAAAUUAUUAUAAAAAAUUAUUCCCAUUACUUCAUGCAUUAGGAGCAAAUGGCCUUCUUAUUGAAUAUGAAGACAUGUUCCCAUUUCAUGGUCCUCUUGAACAAUUGUCUGCUAGGAAUGCUUAUACAAAAAAUGAACUCAGUGAAAUCCUGUAUUUGGCUAAGAUGAACGAGUUGGAAGUAAUUCCUUUAAUUCAAACUUUUGGACACAUGGAAUUUGUUUUGAAACUUCAAGCUUAUCAAGAUUUGCGUGAAGUACCUGCUUAUCCUCAGGUAAUUUGUCCUUCAAAUAAUGGAACACACAUACUUAUUCACCAGGUUAUCGACCAAGUGAUCUCAUUACAUCCUCAAAUUAGAUGGCUUCAUAUUGGAUCUGAUGAAGUAUAUUACAUUGGAGAAUGUAAUCUGUGCCAAAAAAAAAUGAGGAAGUACUUUAUGGAUAAAGAAGACCUUUUUAUUCAUCAUGUAAAAAAUGUUGCAAGAUAUGUUAAAGAAAAAUAUAAUAUACAGCCAAUCAUGUGGGAUGAUAUGUUUCGUAUGAUUCCUGAUGAAACAAUAAAAAAGUCUGAAAUAUAUAAAUAUGUGGAAUUGAUGGCUUGGCAAUAUGGUCCAUUUGUGGAACUUAAAAUUCCCCCAGAUGCUUGGAUAAAGUAUGGAAAAUUUUUUAAUGGUGUUUGGGUUGCAAGUGCUUAUAAAGGUGCUACUGGUGCAAAUCAGUAUUUGACUAAUAUAUCAUACCAUCUUGAAAAUCAUAUAUCAUGGCUUAAUGUAUUAUCAAAAUAUCAGAAUGAAGUCUUCUUCAAAGGAUUUGUUUUGACUGGUUGGCAGCGAUAUGAUCAUUUUGCUGUUCUUUGUGAACUUUUACCUAUAGCUAUCCCAUCCCUUGCUGUAAACUUAUUGUACCUUGAGAGACAAAUUGUUGAUAAUGACCUGUUUCAGAAAACUAGAGAUAUUUUAAUGUGUGAUUCAAGAUUGACUCUUUAUACUAAUUAUAGUACAGAAGAAGUUUUGUGUAAUUAUCCUGGAAGUAAUGUUUUUAAAGGUGCUCAAAGACUUGCUCAUUUAAAUUAUAUGCUUAAAAAGUUUUUAUCAAAUAGUCAUUUUGUUGGUUGGAUGAGUGAAUACAAUAUUCAAAUGCUUUUCUCUAGUCCUGCACAUGUUGAACUUGGAACUCAAAAUUUAGAAGCUCUGUCAACGAAUGCUACGUUAUUGCACACUUUUAUUCAAAAUACUAUGCCUGAAGUAUUUGAUAAACAUACAAUUGAGGAAUGGUUAAUGACAUAUGUAAAACCUGUGAUGAAUCAGAUUGAAAAAAUUCGAACCAAUGCAAAUAAUUUGUUGAAAUUUAGAUCAUGGCCUCGUCGACCUUUAAGUAAGUGAUAAAUGUGUAUGAUACCAGAAGUACUUAAGAAUCUUUAUUUAUAUUUGUGAUAUAUAGACUACAGACAAACAUUUAAGUUCCUUUUCUCUCUUUCUUUUUUUCUGUAUUAACUCCAUGCAAUGUGUGCAAUAGCUAUAUAUAUACAUAUAUAUAUAUUAAUCUUAAAUAAGUUAUAUUUAUGUUUAAUUUUAUGAGUUGUACCUUUCAGUAAUAAGCACUGAAUUUUUUGUUAAUUUUAUUGCUUCUUUAUUUUUUUUUAUAUGUUCUUAUUUGAGUAUAUUUUAAACAGUAGCAUUUUUAAUGGGGGCACGGGUAGUGAGAGACUAAAGUGAAGACGAAGUCAGCAAAACAUGCAUGCAUUUUGCUAUUUUAUCAAUUUUUAUUGGAUAAGCAAUAAAAUCAUUAAAUCUAUGGAUCCUGAUGUAUAUGCAAUUAAGGCACAUGCAAUAAUUGCAGAAUGUUAAAUAUCUUCUUGUAUCUGUAAGUAUUUCAGGCAGUAUCCCACUCUUGUGAAAUGCAUUAUAAGAAACCAUGAAUGUUGAGUGGUAACAUUCAUCCAUGUAAAGGAUUUUCAUUAUGUUUGAAAAAUUUCUGCUGUAAUAUUAUUUUUUGCUGUAGUGAGUAAUUCUUGUGUUCCAUUAUGUUUGGAUGUUAGUACUUUAUUGUCAUACAAAAUCAUAUAUUUAUUUUAUAAGUAUUUAUAUAUAAAUAAAAUGUGCAAAGUAUGUCCAAGAUUUUUAAAAAUGGAACUAAUCAUAAUAUAUUAGUUUACCUGUUUUAAAGUUUUGUAAAUUGGUGAUUUUUACAAAUUGUUUUGCAGUAUGAAAAUAGUAUUAGAGGACAUUUGGAAGAUGCUGGUAUACAUGUGAGAUAUUUCAAAAACUUCACACUAUGUAUCACACACUCAUAUUUGCAAUUGCUCCUGAUGAUGUGCACUUGACAAUUCAGUGCUAAAUUGACAGAGUAGGCUUCCAAGAAAAAAUUUUCAAGGUCGUACAAGAUUCUCUUUUAGUGUCAAGAGGCUUCUUAGAGAAUUUAAAUAUGAGUAUUUAGUUCACAUUGAAGAGCAAUUUUUGUUUUGGACAAUUUUUGAUUGAAUGUUAUGCUUGAAAUUUUAAUAUACUCAUCACUUAACUGCAAUAGAUAUAUCCAGAUUCCUUACAGGGCAAUGAUUCAUAAUUUGCUUUAUGAAUUUUUAAUAUUCUUAAAUAAGGGAGACUGAAGUUAGUUGUUAUGAUAUUUUUCAGUAAUUUUUUUUUUUAAAGAAUGUAGUAUAAGUAGUUUUAUGAAACUCACUUUAAAACUUGCCCAAAUUUUUGAAAAUUCAUAUUAUGUUUUUUACAAAUGAUUAAAAGAAAGAUAGUUCAAGAAUAUUAACAGCUUUUUACACUUAUAGAUUAUAUCGACGUUGCCCAGUUGGGGCAGACUUUGCCUUAAUGGGAUAAUUUUUUUUAUUUAAAACAUGCUAAACAGUAAAAACAAAUAUAUCAUUAUCUUUCUAUUACAUUUUAUUUAUAUUUUCCAUUGAAUAAGAAUUUAUCCAUAGAAUAACAAUAUGUGCAUUAUUGUAAAUUAUUUUAAUGAGCAAUCAUCAUAAUCACUGUCUGAAUUACUAUUUAUAGAAAUAAAUAAUUUGUUAAUCAUAACAUAAUAAUUAGAUUCCCUUCCAAACAGAUGUGAUAUUGAAGCCAGUUUGUUGUCUGUGUGGAUUUCGAACAGGGUGCAGAACUAUACUCUGCUGAAGCAGUCUUUGUGCUCUUCGUCCAAAGACACUUGUUUCUUCCUUCUUUUAUUUAAUUUAUUUUUCUUGGUGAUUCUGGAUUUCUUUCUUUGCUUGAUAGCUUUCUCUUUAUCGUUUUACAAGAUUCAUGUACCAGGCAUUUUUUUAUUUUUUUAUUGGUUAAAAUGGUACUCGCGAUUACUUUGCUGUUACCAACUUCUGAAAGUAAAUUUAUUUCCUGUUGCUGAUAUGAACUUCUGCCUGCUACGAUAUAGAAGAAAUUUCUUUUGAUGUGCCUAUAUUUAAUAAAUGGCUUGCUUGUUAUGUUGAUGUCUUUCUGAUGUGAAAGGACUUCUUCCUGUUUUUACAUUUCUUCUUCAAGCAUCUUCUGCAAAACUUUAUUCUCCAAGCAAAUAUGUUGAUUGUGUUCAAUUAAUUACAGCUGUUAAGAAAUCUCAUCACCAAAAUGUUCUUAUUCAAUAGACAAAUACUAUUUCCCAAGAAACUUGCUAUAAAAUUCUUUAGCAUUAUAGCAUUUGGUAAGGCCUGUUUCUCUAAAUAUAAUCAUAGUUUUUCGAAGAUUGUUCCUCAGCCAUGAAUCAAUAAUGCUAUUGGCGAUUUUUGAAUCGCUGAAACAAAGAACUGUUGAAUAAUGGCAACCUCUGUGGUAUGUGUGGUAUGAAGUAUACAAAAUAAUCUCUAUUUUCUUUGGCUAAGUCCGGUACUGGUUAAUCGAUAUGAGAAUCCAGUAGUAGAUACAAUUAUCCAGAAGUAGGAGAGGCCUGACUCCUGUGAUUCUAGUUUUAUAAAAUAUCUCUUAAAACUGAAAAUCCUGCUCAAUCAUCCAUUUAGAUUUGUUUAUUGAGCUUACACUUCCUUCAGAUGCAGUUGAAAAGAAGUAACAUUUAAAGUUUCUCUUUUUAAAGUUUAGGAACUGAAUUGCCUUUAGCAUUAAGAGCAAGAGCCAUUAUAUCCAAAAUGCCUGUCUCUGGAAAUGUUACGACUUCUGCUUGUUUGGUAUGUUUCUUGGAAAUGAUCUUUCUUAGCAUCUGCUCUGUUGUUAUCCCUUAUCUCCUCAACAUUGCAGAUAUCUUUACACUGGAAUUUGGAUUUGUCAUUCAGUUCAGUGCAGAAAAUGUUUAUUUCCAAACUGGAAAGAUUUUCAGAUUGUGUUUAUUGAAGCUUGUGCUUCUGCUCAGGCUUGUCGUUUGAGGAAUAUGUAAAGAAAGACAUUUCAUGUUUUGGAAAACAUGACAGCCUGUCCCCUGAAACACUUUCACAUUGAUUCCAGAUAACCAUAAUAUAGCUUCAAAGUAUUGCUUAUGUCUUAUUAAGCUCCGUCUUUUGUUCAUUUGUGAAAAUCUGUCUAGGCUUUUGUAACCAACACAAUGUAUUGAAUCUAAAAUAAUAAUAAUAAAAAAAAGUCCAUAAAUGCAAUUUGCAUAAAGCAUCUCUAAGAAAGGUUUCUAAAAAUAAAAAUCUUAAUUAUUUAAUUAAAUUUAAAUUAGAAAAUUAUAGUAAUAAGAAUUACUACUUACUAGCAGUUUUCAUUUUACUGCAGAAUAUUGGGAGUGCCAUGAAUAAAAUUCAUAUUUACCAGCCUCCUCUUACAAUUAGGGAUUGCAAUACCGGGCCAAAAUUUCAAUACCGGUAUUCCGUAUUUUUUAAAUCUUGAUACCGGUUUUAAUACCGGUAUUAGAAAUUUUAGAAAAAGAAAGAAAACACAGUUGUUUCUUUGUUUUGUUUGCCAGUUUUGUUAAAGAGUGUAAAUAUCACAAAAAAUAAUUUGUAACUUAUAAAUUAUAACAGUAUAUAAUCACAAAAAAGUAAAGAAACAUCUUAUUUAUUUAAGUCACAAAAAAGUGUAAAUAUCACUAUUCUGUCCAUGGUACUAUUACAAAUUUUUGAAAUGUGAUCUUAAAAAACAUAAUGCAUCAAUUGUACUGUCAUUAAGCCUGAAAAGUAAUUUUAUGUAAAAAUUAACAGCUGUCGAAAACGCUCUUUCGGCAUCUACGCUAGUUGGUGAUACUGUUAGCAAUGCGUGAUAUACUUUUUCCAAGUAUUUACCUCUAAAUCCCUCAUGUUCAAAUAAAUCGAUUUCUCGUCAGAUGGUUUUAAUUAUGGCUGAUUUCUGUAUUGUAUUUUGGUUCGUUGAAAUUUUUUUAUUUAUCGCUAAUUCUAAUUUUUGUUCAAGAGACAAUUCCUUUUCACUAUCGGCAUUAGUGUCAUCAUAAUCUUUGAUAACUGCACCAAAUGCUUUUGAAUGUGAAUAGGUUUGUGGGUAAAAAAAUUUUAAGAAAAUUAACUCUAAAUUUAAUCAGAUUUGAAUUGGUUCUUUUCUUUUCUUCUUUUUCAUUUUAAUUUUUAAAAUCAUUAUAAUUAUGUAAAUACCAUAAGGCAUUUUCUAUUUCGGUAUGCCUUUCUUCUGUGCGAUUUUUCAGUGUAAUAGAUAAUUCUUCAGAUAGUGAUGUGUGCUGUUCUUUCAGUGACUGCAGCAUGAAAUUUAUUGUUGCAUUAGCUGUUAAUAAAUUAGAAUCUCUCCGACAUAAUGCCUCAAUAGUCAGUUUUAUUGGAAGUACAGCUGAUAUAGUUCUGGAUAUUAAAUCGAAUUCACUAUCUGAAAAAUUAAUUUACAAGUUUAAGUCGAUUAUUGCUUUUUGGAUUGGAUUUCUCAGUUUCAAAAAUCGUUCCAUCAUUAGGAGUAAACUGUUCCAACGUGUUUUAGAAUCUAAUAUUAACAUAUAUUCUGUUUUAUUUUCAGUUAGUAUAUAUUUUAGUAAUAUAUCCUUUUUAUAGGGGAACGUUUAAAUAUCUUAACAAUUUUUCGAACUUUAUAAAUUAUAGGAAGCAAUUCUUGAUAGGUUAAUAUUUCAUCCUCAUUAGCAAUAUCUCCAUCACCAAUUACAUUGUCUUUAUCUUCAUUGUCAAUAUCACUGUCACUCUUUUCAAAGUUGGAAUCCGAAAUUUCUAUAUCAACAGUAUUUGGAUUCGUCUGUUCUUUAUUUUUUUGGUAUAAUACAUCUAUUACUCCUAAUUGAAUUCCAUGUGCAUAGCACAACUGCUGAUUUGCACCAAUCAACUUUACAACUUUUUUCAUAAUUGUUGCUCCAUCUGUCGUUAUGGAUACAAUAUUUUCUUUCAGGGAUAAUCCAUGUUUCGCUAAUUGAGAUUUAAGCAAUUAAUUAAGCCAUUAAUUAGCGGAUUAAUUUCGCCCGUUAUGGAGACAUAAAAAAAAACGUAUACUGUUUUGCUAUGUUCGCGAUACCUGAACAUAUAGUGGAGACAAUUUAAAAAAUUUUUAGUAAAUACCGAAAAACCGGUAUUUAAACUUGUGAAUACCGGUAUUACAAAAUUGUACAAAUGGCUCAAAAUACCGGUAUUCGGUAUACCGGUAUUGCAAUCCCUACUUACAAUAAACAAGCAGUCAUCACUUUUCCACUGCUUUUAGGAAUGCUUACUGUGAUAUUGUGUCCUAAUCUGUCUCUUAUAAUUUUUUAUAACUUCAGAAGCAACAACAAUAAUUGCUACUAUAUAUUCUAUAAAAUUAAAGCAUACUCGGGGCAACCUCAACAGAUUGUGACAAAUUGCACUUUCUGUUGCCAUUUUAUUGUUGUUUCUGAUGGCAUUUGCCAUAGACAAGUCCCGCUGAUCGAAGUCAGCGAUUUUAAACCGAAACAGAGCGUCUCUUGUUUUUUAAUAGCUCCAAAUGGGGCCAAGAGUACGAUUUUGUUACUCACGCAUCACAUUCGCUUGCACAGCCCCUUUUUACAGGGGGAUACAUUCACACAUCUCACAGAUAAGACAGAUGAAGAAUAACCAUGCCCGAACCGGGACUCGAACACAGGACGCCCAGAUCACGGGGAAGAUGCGCUACUACUAUGCCAGGACGCCGGCAGCGCCAUUUUAUAAUUUGAUGCAUGCAUGUAGUAUAAUGCAAUUGCAUAUAACAUUAAUUCUGAUACUACAUACCUAAAAUCUAGGCUUUUUUUUUUAAACAGACCCUUCACGGAUAUCUUCAACUGUUCAAACACAAAUAAAUUAAAAGAAAAAUUAAUAAUAGAACUCAAAUCAAUGUUUGGAUAUGCAGUCUCUCUGCGACUGAUUGCAGGCAGCCCAACUAUAGUCGAGGAAACCAGCCAGAUGAGAGUUAUCAUCUAGUUAGAGAAAAGUGAAAUUUAACUUGUGGCUAGCUUAAAAUCUAAAUAUAACAGCUUAUCCCUUGUAAUAGCUAACUCUGUCUCCCUUGCAUUUCAGUUACCAUGCCUUACAUACUUUACAUUUUAUCAUUUAUUAAAUCUAGAACUUUUCUAGUGCCGGGAUAGCCUGGUUGGUAGAGCGUUGGAUUCGCGUCCCUUAGGUUGCGAGUUCGAACCCCGCCGGCCGAAGAUUGGUGGUGGCUGACGCGUGUAUAAAUCUGUGGUGGUCACAAAGUCCUCCAUGUCGAGAGUAAUACCACUGGGGGUACUGGAUCAGGGGUGAUCGUUCUCUGAUUCAGGUCUAAAUUACGAUCUGUGGAUGAGUGAAUGAAAUGCGUGAAUGAUGUCCGCCCCGUAAAAAGGGUCGUGACAUGUGUGUAGCUAAGUCGUUCUCUUGGACCUAGAUAGCGCUACUAUAGAAACAAGCGGCGCUUCCCCUUAGGCUUAAAUCGGCUGUCUUUGAACAGCGGGCUUGUCCAUGGCAAGUGUCAUAAGAAACAACAACAGAACUUUUCUGCCUCAAUUGUGUCAAAAGAUUUUUUUAAUCAUUUUGAUUUAAUACUGUAACAAUUAACGAUUUUUGUAUGAGCAGAUAAGUUUUAUUUUACUAUGUUAGUUUUUCUGUUGAUUAUGAAAGUCUGCCAAGUAUUUAUUCAUGAUUAUCCAGAACAUCUCAUCCCCUCCCAUACUUAAAAACAUAUUCUGUUUUUUCUUCAUUUGACUUGCAAGAACACCUUCUCUGCAAUGUUUAGUCUUUGAAUCAGUAUCCAGACAGCAAUAAUUUUAUGAACGUGUACAAAAAAAAAAUUGUCGAUAAGUUCACUGCUUUUGUAAGCAUUACCGUCAUUAUUCUUUUGGAUUCAUCUUUGAUAUGCAGGAGAUAUCCAGUAUACUUAUGUGAUGGUGAAAAUGGUUUAAAAAGUGGCCCUUCUUAUAAUAUUUUGCAUAACGAGUGUGAUUUGUUUAGUACAUAAUAAUAGCAAUUUAUGUAUCCAAUGAAUGCCAUAUUCAAUUAAAUUAUUAUAUAAAAAUUUUAGACAGCUUUUAGAAUAUCAUACGAAGUGCAAAUGUUCUUUAUAAAAAACUUGAUAUAGAGUAAAAGAUAAAGCUUUUUGAAUUUUUAUGCAAAUGAUUAAACAAAGCAAUCUGAUGGGAAUUCAAGCAUUUUAAUUGGAAACCUAGUUCCCUUCUCAAUCCUUUGAGAUUGAUAUCUAUUGUUUGAUUUUUUUUUUUUUAAAAAUAAGGUUUAGCAGCUUUUAAUCAUUUUUGUUUUAUGCCUGCAAGAUUUCAUCUGGAUAUUAAAAUAACAUGGCCCAGCUUAAAGGUUAACUUCAAGAUUUUUUUUUUUUUGCAAAAAACUCUUAUUUAUGCAUUUUAUUAAUUUAAAUAUUUAAUUAAUAUUAAAUGCUUAAUCACAAAAAAAAUCAUAAUUUGUUUUAACAACAUCUAAAAAAUUGAUUUAUGAAUGCAGAUAUCAUAACUACUUUGUAGCUAGAAAUUUAUAUGUUAAAAAUGCCUUAAAAGAACAGUUCUUAAUUGAAACAUAAUAAACAGCUGCAUUAUUAAUUCAAAAUUCCAGAUACUGAAUUAUAUAUUUUCUGAAAGAAAAAGUCUUUAAUUUAAAUAAUUGAUGAUAAAUAGUUCAAUUAUUGUACCCUUAUUAUUUGAAUGUUUCAAAACAUUUUGUUAGUUGUUUUGGAAGAUUUAAAGAAGAGUUUUGGUAUUAAAUAAAAUUCUUUGUGGAAAUUUGUUAUUCUUCUAAAUCCUUUUAUGUUAGUAGGAUAAGAGAAUUGUUUCUUUUAUGAAAAGUGACAAGUGCAUUUGAAAGUUUAUUUGUAUCAUAAGACAGAAAAAUGGUUUGACUUGCUAUGGUUAAAAUUAUUUUCCUUGCCUUAUAUUUCUAGAACACUUAUAAUUUUUCUUGUAGGUAUGUGAUUCUUUUUUCAAAAUUAUAUUUUAUGUGUUAUAUUUAGUCAAAAAAUUGGAUGUCCCUUUGGAAAUGACUGCACACUUUUAAAUUGCAUGAUAUAGAAAUUUGUUAUUUAAAACAUAUGAUGAUAAAUAAAACAUUCCUUUACGGACAUGGCUUGUAGAAAUUUGGAAUUGUGAUAUGCAUAGUAGGAUUUCUGUAUAAAAAUUACUACAUUGAAAGUGUUCAAAAUAAUUUGAUAUCUUAAAAGUUCCUAAAAUUUACUAGCCUAAUCUAGUUUAUUUGUAAGCUUGAAAUCAUUGAGUAAUUUAUUUUUGCCUUACAUUGAAAUGUGAAAGAUGUAGAAAAGUGUUCUUUGACCUGAUUAUUAAUUUUAGAAAAAUUAUCUUAUGAAAUGUACAAUAUUUUUCCAUCUUAUUCUGAUUCUUUUGUAUAUUUAUAUUAAACUAAUUUUAUCUUAAAAUUAUGUUGAAUGAAUAUUUAUACCUAAAGUUCGAAAUUUUUUUUUUUAUCUGUGAUUCUGAAUAUGUAUGUCUGUAGAUAUUUGCAAUUUUUCUUUUUAUUUAAAAAGUUUAUUUUGCAGUUUAAACUUUGUCUGUUGAUCUUAAUUUGUUAUUUUUAUUGAAUAUAUAUGCAUCUUUAUAUUUUUAUCUUUUAUUGAAUAUAAUAUGCUUAUUUUUGUCUCAUUUUCCACUUUUAUGUACCUUCAGUAGUUUAGGGAAAAAACAAUAUUUUCCCUUAACAUGAUACUGUGCAUAUGGCAGUAUGAUUUAAAAAAAAUGCUGAAUGUUACUGUAUAAUGUGUGUAAGCAGUGUUUUUUUUUUAUUAAAAAAAUGUUUUAGAACUCACUGGAGCAACUAUUCUGGUACCUUUUUUCAAUUGAUUUUCUAAUGUUAUUUAUAAGAAUUGACCCAUUUGGCCUGCUGCAUGUAGCCUUAAAAUUAUGCAUGCUUACUCGAUGAUUGUUAGGGUACUACUUGGUGUAAGAUUUUUUCUUUCAAUCCAGCUACAUUUUUUUUUGUCAAGGGUGAAAAACAAACAAACAACAACAACAACAAAAAAACCACCACUGCCUAUAAGUGAUAAUUAAAAUUGUUUUUCCCCUUUUUUAUAGUUAUUGUAUUUAUAAAUAAGUUUCAUAGAAUUUUAAAUAUGUGUAAUAACAAGUUAUUAUAUAAUAAAUGUAAAAACGCAUUUAGUGAUAAAUCAGCAUUCCUUUAAAGUGAAAUAAGUGAAACUUUAUUCCCUAGAUGCUUAAUUUUUUUCUGGCUGAAAUGGAAUUUAUUUAUUUAACCUUUCACGGGGAAAAAAAUCAAUUAGGUUGAGAAUCAUGAUGCAAAUCUGACUGAUAUAACUAAAAAUUUGAUUGGCUUUCAAAUUUUAUUACUUUUUGUUUCAAGGAGUUCCCUGAAUUCCUAUUUGAACUAAUUCUGUUUUGUACCUUCGAAAUUCCCCUUCAAGUUAAAAUUAACUUUUUAACCCAUUGUUCGUUAAUAUUUUACCAGGGUUUUGGCUUGCCUUCUGGAAUCAAGUGAAAUUUGUUGUAGCUCAUGAAAAGUUUUAUAUUUAAAUUGUCUAAAAUAAGUUAUUAGUGUUGAGAUUCAUCUAUAUAUAUAUAUAUACCAUUGUUUCGCGUAAAGCAUGAUUCGCAAAGCCUACAUUUUUGUUAUAGAUAUCUCUUUAUUUACUUCCCUUCCGGUUAAAGCAAUUAUUUCUUAGUUGUAUCACCUGAAAUUUCUGUCUACUCUUGACUUCUUUGUUGAAUGAACAUAAGUUUAUUUGAGGCCUGUAUAAAUUCAGCAUGCGCUAAUUGCUAAUUAGAGUUCUUUGGUUUGUUUAUUAAUUACUCUUACAAAAAUUCAUAAGCUAGUCUAUUUUCUCCUUCAUUUUAAUUUUUUGAAUGUACUUACUGUAAAUUUAACAGUUUUUUUUUAUCCCAAAAUAUCUAAAUAUUGCACUCCAAAAUUAAUGGCUUUCUCAAAUUUCCAGUAAUUAGUAUUUAAUGAGUAAUUUUAUAUGAUUUCUUGGAGUAUUACGAUAUUGGAUUAUUAUACGAUUUUAACUUUUCAGUAGUUCUUUGUAUAGCAGGUAAUACAAUUUGUGUUUGACAUGAAAAACUUUGUGUUGCCAUAACAUAUUUGUCAUAAAAUUUUUUCCCUGCGAUUUAUAAAUAAUUUUUGUUAGGGGCAGAUGCGGGGCGUGGAACCUCUUCUCCGUAAACUUUAUAUUAUAUUUUGAAUCGCAUUUCAGCAAUUAAUCGGGCUAUACAUGAUGAUACAUGAAAACUUUGAUCGAAACUGAUUAAAUUAAAGAAUUAAAUUGGUUUAUUUUUUCUAUCCAUCUUUUUGCAUUCUUAUAUAUCAAAUCUUCUUAAAAAAAUGAGAAAAACUUCUUUGAUGAACAGUCAGUUCGUCGUCGAGAAUUCGUGUAAAGUGGCUGUUAGGAACACUAGGUGUAAUGUAUUCUAUACAAUCCAGAGAUGAUGAUGUAUCUAUAAAAAGUACUAUGUGUUAUAAACUAUCAAAUAAGUUACAAUAUACUCUAUAUAUUAUGUAGAGUAUAUUGUAACUAUAUAUUAUAUAAUGAUUUACAUCAAGACUUCCUUUUAUUUCCUACGAAAUUAAUUAACUAAAUUUUGAAAAUAUCAGUUCUAUUUUUGCUUUAAAAUAAAGUCAUACGGCAUACAAUAGUGUAGUUUAGUCCCAUAUACCUUAUAAUGGUGCUUUUUACCAUUAUAAGGUAUAUGGGACACCAAGUAACACCAAGAAACUCCAGAAUAAUCUAUUUAGUUAUCAACAGAUGUCGUCACGUGCAUUCAUAACACAUUCAUGGCAGCAUGAUUUUAAUGCAAAUUUUUUAUUUUAAUUAAUUAAUCUGGAUGAAUGAUUCUAAAGAAAUAUUUUUAAAGUGUUUUUCCCUCUUUCGAUACUUUACUUUUUUUGACGAACAGAUCAUUUGUUUUCGAGAAGUUUAAAGAAAUAUUUCAUGGUUAUUCAUUCGUUUAUUUUCUAUAAAUACUCAAUCAACAUCUUAAAUAAAAAACAAUGAACUGAUAAUUAUUUUGUUCUUGGUAAUAUUUAAUAAUCACUGAGGGGAUUUAAAUGGAUAUGACUUAUUUUUUUGGAACUAAUUGCAUAUUAAAAAUGUGAGAUUCCAUAUCAGAAUGCUUUUUUUUAAACAUGUCAGUAUUUUUAGCUUGCAAAUAUACCUUGAUAUUUUUUUUUUGUUUCUAAUUUCAUUUUAUUUGAUACUGAAUCUAAAAAAUAAUAAUAAAAAAAAAUAGUGAAAGUAGAGCAAUUUGUUCUCAUGUUGAAUUUCAGUCUGAAAGCAGUUCAUUCAGCGAAGUAGUGACAGGAGGGACAAGAGAGUGCCAAUCUUAGGGACAAAAUGUCUAUACGUUUAUAUUCUUUUUGAAGGCUGCGUAUAAUAAAGAGGCGAAAAAAUAACUCGGUGCCUCUGGUACGAUUUACGCUUAAGGAGCCAAAGAUGAUAGUUAGGGCUCGAACAUUAUAUUAAGUCCCUGGUGCCCCUUACUUGCUGCAACUCAUAUCAGCUCUCUUUAUGUAUCAAAGAUUUUUACUUUGUUGAUUCUGUGACAUUACUGUAUCUAGCCUAUAAUUUUUUAAAACGUAUUAUAUCUUUUAUGCAUUUAUUUUUACAUUUAUUAACUUGCUAUGUUUUUUGGGAAACCACAUUGGUUUGUGCUAUUGAAUUUUAUAAAAUAUCAUUGCAAAAGAUUUUUUUUUUUGCUUUUAAUGAUUUGUUUAGUACGGUAUUUUCUCUUAUAUUACAUAACUGUCAUUUAUUGUUUACUAUAUAUAGUUACUUUAUCAUUUCUUUUUAUUGUCGUUUCUUUGAAUAGCUUUGUAUAACAUCGUAAAUCCUGACAGUAUUGAUUCUGAAAAGUUGCAAGGGAUAAUUCCUGCAUUUCAGAAUACACCGUAGCCAUUUGUUGAAUACGAGGCAUGUACAUAAACAUUUAUGCUGUAAUUCAGAUCUCGAUGUUCUAUGCAGUUUUGAAAAUGCAAUUAUUUGUGAUUAAAUUAUGAAAACCUUCCCCACUGCUAUUAGAUGUAGAAUAAGAAUUCAUAAUAGUGUGCAAUUUUAACCAGUGGUGUAAUUUACUUUUUGUAUGUGCAUAUAUACUUCGAUGAAAUAAACUUGGUGUUAUUUGUAAAAUUUGCAUAUAUGUGUAAUAAAUUCAAAUUAUUAGCGUUUAUAAAAUAAAUUCUUUUCCUAAUCACUUAAAAUUUAAUUAAAAAAUUUACUUAAAAUUCUGACUUGCGUGACCUU